AUGGAGGACAUAACGAAGAGGAAAAAAAAAAAAAAAAAAACCAAAGUGACCCUGGAGACUAUCCAAAAGGAAUACACCUCCGUGUUGCAAAAAAAAAAAACAGACGUAUACAUAACGUCAGGGAAGCCAAUCAAAAUUUACUACGACCGAGUGAUUAAGGUUCUUAACAGUGGCACCAAACAAGUGGAGCUGGUCAUUGAUGGAGACAACAAGCAGGCAAACAAUCCUUGUAGACCACCCGGGGAGGAACAAGUGUCUAUCCAUGCCGUUGGGAAAAACAUCCUCAGAGCAUCGUACGUGCUCCAGGAUGUCAUCAAUUUUUAUUCUAAUUUUAUAAAUAGGGUACAACAAAUGGCCAAGAAUGAUAAGAAGCCAAAAGUUGUGGACGUUUUUUCUUUUCUUAGCGUUGAGGUUGAAAGCAAAACGCUGCAGAUGAACGACACGGUGAUUACAAACACGUAUGCGGUGGAGGAGGAGUUCCUGCGGGACGACUACGACGCUUUGAUAGCCUUUGCGAGGCAGCCGUACAACCCCGCUUUGCACAAGUACAGGGAGAGGACCAAGGAGCGAAGAGUCACCGGAGUGGUUAUCACGAUAAGGAAGAAUCCCACCGCGCUGUAG